AUGGGUGCUCCAGGGCCCAGGGGUUAUAAUGGGACUCAAGGACCAAUUGGACCUCCAGGUGUUGAAGGCAAACAGGGCCCACCAGGUCCUCAAGGGCCAAUGGGGCCCAUGGGCUUUAACGGCUCUCAGGUUUACCUGGGCCAACAGGUUUGGAAGGCCCCAGAGGCCCUCCCGGUGUCAACGCGACGCAAACUGGAGGAGGAGGUAUCGCCGGACCACCGGGUCCUCCUGGUCCACAGGGAAUUCCUGGGCCUGGAAAUAUGAGCCUCUGUCAGUACAAGAAUAAGAAAGAAGUCGCCCAGACAGCCGGGAAUUCAGCUAAUUCAAAAGUUAUUCUGCGAGAAGAUGAACAUCCGGUAUGAGAUAGAAUUUGAAAUAAGCGUUUUAACAGUUGCCUUCAUUUUUUUAAGGAUAUCAUUGAAUAUUAUGUUUACACAUUACUUGAUUUUCCAUGCCUCAACGUGUUUUUAAAAAUACCGUGGGUAAUAAAAGUCAAUUAUUUUGAAGAUUGUAAAGCUGAUCCCUGAAUUUGUACGAGCAUUCUUACUGAAAUUCUAGAUUUGAGUUUCGUACCGAAUCUUGAACUUAAAUCAUAAAUUUUUAGUACAAACUAAAUCAUUAUUUCUUUGUUCAGGACGAAACGUACUUAUUUUCUAAACAAUUUUUUGUCUCAGGGAAUGAAGAUUGUUGCAGCUACCUGUUCAACGCACAAUGCUGCAGAGUACGUCUUUGGUGAUGCAAAAACUGACCCCAGCACAGGAACCAUUGUGUACAAUUGUCAUUGUAGAGGAAAAUCAGAUCUGUUUAUUGGUGCUAAUAGCAUGCAGUGUGUUAUUCACUACUGGAUCUGCCCAAUCAAUAGUUAAGAAACUACUUUCAUAACCAGCACAGUCAAACGGCGUUCCUUCUAUAAAAUGGAGGACCAACUGUUUCAAAAAGGCACUUUCAUACCCCAGUUUUUGAAAUCAUUACGGCAAAAAUUCCUUUCGUAGUGACUCCUAUGUAGUGUGACAGAGGAUCUUUCAUUUGAUCGAGCAUCAUCCACAGCAGUUGUUGAAUUACAUCAGUUACUCUGUCCCAGAGCUCUCAGAUUUUUUUUAUGUGAGAUGAUAUUUAACAACGAAUCAGUUCAUACAAAGUUCUUAACAAUGAACAGCUUAUUAUCGAAAGUGUGCCCGGUUCUCUUCUUCAGCAGUGUGUGAGAAAAUAUAGGCAAAAUGAGACUGGCGAAAAAAAAAAAAAUUUUUAAAUUUUACUUCACAGUAAGAUAAACUCUGUCCUCUCGAUUGAUUUCCUCCCCUUUGAAAACUUAAUCACUAUGUACUGAUUUAGAUUUCAUUUGCUUGAGCUUGGUUAUUUUUAUAGCCUCUAUAUCUGAGAAAAAAAAAGUAAUUGACUUUUCAGAGAGGGUCAAAAAAAUCAAUAGACCAGAAAAAAGUAUCCAAGAGUUCGCCAGAAUUAUUUCCAUUCAGUAUGAACUAACAGAAUUAAGACAGAUGUAGAUAAUUAGACUCUAUUGUAUUUCACCGUCCAGAUCGAUUUAAAAUGUCAUAUUACAAGUGCCAUCUUUAUACUGGCAAUAAGAAGAGAUUUUAAUUGAUUGCGUGUAUGUUAAACAUUAUACUCAUCGCUUUCUUUCUUUCGCAUUGGUAUCAUAUAAUUUCACUGUAAAUUUAUUAGAUUUUGGCAAUGAUUGAUCGUUACAGCAAAAGUAUGAUAAAUCAAAACACACUUUGAAAUGCCAGUGCCAACAGCAGUCUUAUAUAAUAACAUUAUUAUGGUAAGAUAGCCGUUAAUAUUACAUCUCCACAUAUACAGUUCAUCAACUGAAUUGCAAUUGAAUGAUUUUUAUAGUUCUACACGAGUCCUUGGUAACUGGAAACGUUUCAUGAAAUGAAACUUACCCGAACAAAAUAUUACAUUUCCAUAAUUACCAAUUCUUGCACUACUCGCGUCGAAUCUCAACUUAAUUAGAGAUUGAUUUAAUAUUUAAA